GCAGUCGAUCGUUAAACGCAGAAGGUGGAACGCGGACAUCCGUCAGAGAACCAGUGGACGUGCUGUGGUAAUAAGUGACCUCAGAACACUGCUUUAGACGACAUCCCCUACAGCACAAUACACUUGUUAACCAGCGGAAACAGCAGCAGUUUCACGGCUGUUUCCAUUGCCUUAAAAAAACAGCUGGUUCCCACCACACACCGAGCAGCAAGCCGGUAUGGACUCGUGGCUCCGCUUCUCCGCUCAGAGUCAGGCCAGGGAGCGACUCUUCAGGGCUACUCAGUAUGCCUGCACCCUGUUGGGCUACGCCCUGCAAAAGGGUGGGGCAGCAGAUGAACUCCGCAAAACCGUCAGUCAGCUGGAAGCACACAUGAGCCUGACCAGAAAAUUGCUGCGUCUUGGAAACUCUGUUGAGGCACUGGAGUCAGCCAAGAGGGCCAUCCACCUCUCUGACAGUGUGCUGAGGCUCUGUCUGACCAUCAGCCACCUCAACAGAGCCAUGUACUUUGCCUGUGACAAUGUUCUGUGGGCUGGAAAGACGGGCCUUAUCUCCAAGCUGGACCAGCACAAAUGGAGUCAGAGGUCUUUCAGGUACUACCUUUUUGCUCUGAUCCUCAACUUGACUCGAGAUGUGUACGAGCUUCGGCUCCUGAUGGAGAGUGAAGUGCGCUACAGAGCCGCCAAAUCCCCACCCUCACCCUACCCCAGCACUACUCUGCCCAUUGACCCACUGUCCUCCUCCUCCGCCACUCCGGCAUUACCUGCUAUGUCUGUGUGGCUCCACAGACAGUUCAACCUGAUAGUGACUGUGCUGUACAGCAACCCGCCGCUGCUCUUGGACCUGCUGAAGAACGGCUGUGAUAUCUUCAUCCCUUUGGACCGGCUCAGGAUUUACCCCACAGGGCAAGGCUUUGUUGGGGCCUGUGGCUUGGCCUCCUCUGUCCUCUCCAUCCUUACUAUUGUCCACCCCUGGCUCAAACUCAAGCCAUGAACCCAGAUACAGGGUGGAGUGGUCUCGAGGAGCCACACAGAGGACUGAGACCAUGCAGUAAACAUACUGAUCUUCCUGUGAAGUAAGAGAAGUUCAAAAACUGCUAAACACCUACCAGCCUCACUGAGCAGAGCUGCUUCAAUUAGUCCACUCUGGGCUAAGGUGUAGUGAUGCUGCAUACAUCCGUAACAUUAUUCUAAUGGUUGGGGUGGGUUGCAUGUGUGCCUGUAAUGGCCUUUGUAGGCAUCUGAAUUCCUCCUGACAUCACCUUUAUUCAUGCAAGGAGUCAAACUGUAACAUUCUGACCCAGCUGUAAAUCUUUCAGUAAGUGUUAUUAGCAAAGCUCUUGUUAACAACUAAUUUCCAAAUAAAUGUAUUUUAGGUUAGAGUCUCUCUUGGGACCAUUAAAAGUGUAAGGUGUUGGUCAAGACAACAUGCAGUUUUUAAAUCUUGUAGAAUUAAAAGGCAAACUAAAAA